AACACUUCUUGUAUUCGUAGUAGAAUGGCCGUGCAGUAUCAGUGAAGGCGACAUAUAUUGCAGCGUACGAGCACGAUGUGGUCCAAAAUUGGACUUGUCAGAUCACACACGCGGACGCUUGAACAAAGGAAGAUGUAAGGUAUGGCUGUCCUUUCCCCAUCUUCCAAGUUUCCUCUUUCGUUGUCAGGCUUGCUCGCAUGCGGCUUAUGUUCUAUCUUUCAAUGACUACACUCACUUUCAUCUUCUUCAUGUUUCCUCAGGACAAGACAAGGGCAGGUCUGCCGUCAUUCUCAUCUACGUUUCUUCCAGAAAUACUACCGAAGAUAGCUCCGAUAUACAAUCUGAGGCUCAGGGCUCAGCUUUUAACCAGGAUAGGCCUUCGUCUACGGGCGAGUCGAUCCUGGAUCCCGUCCGCCCGUUAACCAAGUCUAUCGUACGAUUGCCAUCUGGCGGCGUACACGUCGAAGACGGGUUGGAACCUCCGAGUUAUGAAUCCUCCACGACUAUUCAAGCGGCACGCACUUUGCAGCAGAAGCGCGAUUUGAGCAUCUCUGACUCGACCCUGCAUAUUAACACUCUUACCGCCGUUUCCCGGCUGUUUAUUUUCAAUCCGUCUUUCUCCCUGUCGUAUGUUAGGACGUAUACCGAAAACAUCCAUCGCUCGAAAAUGAACGUCACAAAGAAUUUCAGUUCGAUCCUGAGGACUCCAGAAACCUGGUGUCUCAAACUGUUUUUUUAUUUUAUCAGGACAAUCAAGACGCACGAGGCAAUGUGAAUAGCGGCCGGCUAGUCAAAUUCGAGUUGAGCUCGAAGCCAUAUAGUGCACCCUAUACCCAAUAGGACUCAACCUCCCUUUCGACCUCCGUUUAGCACACAGUGGUGCCAUGUUCCUUGGUUGGCUUGUCCUUUGUUCCCUAACCUAUUCUACGUUUGCUCAAAAUUUCUCGAUACCGUCGGGAUGGCGAAAACCUACCUUCAAUCUCCCAUGGCAGGACUGUAUCACACUCUCCCAAGCGUUGAUCGAUGCCAUCGCGCCUCAAGUCAAUCACUCUACUGGACAAGUGGAUGGUUUGAGCUUCGAUCAGAGUGCAAGCCUGUUUGCCGCCAUCGCCAACUACGACAGACUCGUUGGCAACAGAACGAAUGAAGCUCUCGUCACGACGCAUUUGGCGAUUGUUGGACAGCAGCCAUUGAAAUAUUUUGGUCCAUCCAAGAUCAGCGGCGAACCGCUUUUAUAUUCAGCUGUAUCUGCUUACCGCGCAUAUGGUGAUCAGUACCUGCUUGACCUGGCUGCCUCGUUAUGGGGCUCCUCGAACUUUUGGAUGAUCACUGUUGAUGAUACAAAUCAGGGCCUCUCACACGUGAAGCCUGGAUUCAACCUAAUGUAUCAUUGUGGCGAAUCCUCUGUCGCCGGCGGUGUAUUUUUCGAUCUCGGCAAUACGUAUGAUGAAUGGGUGGAUCUCUCUUCGGUUGGGACCUUGUUAUUGUUAUCUGCAUAUAUGUAUGAAGCCACCAAUGAGGACCAUUACGCCAACGCAGCAGAUCUCACUGCAGAAUUCACCAUGUCAUUCCUGGGGAAGCAGCUGGACAUCAGAUUUAUGAAUGUGCACACAUGUGCAAUUACGUCUGAGGCAUCUCCAGUUUCGAUGAGUGUGGGACCCGCCAUCGAAGGGCUCAGUGUAUACGCGUCUAUGCUGCCGAAUAGGAAUUUCAAGUUGGCCACUUACAUCCAAUCCAUGACGCUGGCUGUUAUUGGUAAAUUUGUAGACGGGGACGGGAUAUUUGACGCAGACGUCGGUGACAGUCCUUUAGACAAUUGGGGAGGCGUCUACGUUGGAGGCGUGCUUGUAAGAGGGUUGUAUGAAACAUUGUCCAGGAUUGAUGCCAAUUCGGACCUAGCAAAGCCAAUUCGAGGCUUCUUGGCUGUACAAUUCAACGCUGUACUUGAUUUGGCUAGGCCUCCAAACAGUACGCUUUUUUCGCCAAGUUGGCGUGGUCCUCCAGUGACCGAUCGCGCUCUGCCUUGGGGACAACUGUUGGCACUGGACGUGUUAAAUGCAGGUUUAAGCGCAAUACCUAGGCCCACACUACCACCGAACGCGAGCACUUCCACUUUGCCACUACCAAGUCCAACAUUAUAUCCUUCGUCCUCUGCUUCAUCUGGGGCCCAUCUUAGCAUCAAGAGCAUCGUUGGUAUAAUCGUUGGAGGCGUUGCAUUUAUAGCGUUGAUCGUCGUGGCUUUGCUCGUAUGGCAGCGAUCUAAACGGAACAGACUUAUCUCUCAUCCGCCAACUGAGCAAGCUCCACAACCUCCCAGCGGUGAGGAGCAGGACCAUGUUACCGACAUACCGAGGUUUCUCCCUGCAAGCGCGAUGUACCAGUUGCCCUCGUCUCAGAUUGGAUCAUCCGAGACUUCGACUAUGAUGCCUUCAUCAGACAAGCACGGCUCCGCUGUAGUUCUCAGCUACGCGUCAACAAGUAACAAUGCUGCGGACGGACCAGAUGCUCGUUCCUCAGCUUCGCCGUAUCGACCGCCGUCCGUGGAAGAAUCGAUUCCUGACCUUGUCCAACGACUGAAUCGAGCUAUGACGCGGCUACCUCCUUCGGAGGCUGGUCAUGCUGAGGAAUUGGAACCUCCUCGGUACGAGUCUACAGCAUCUCAUACGGUAGUCUAGUGGAAAUAUAGUGAGGCGGCAUCGAGUCGAUUCAACUCAAAUGUCCUUACUACUUGUGUUGUGUUUCAAAUUUUGGGUUUGGUGCUCCACGCGUAC